GUACCAGUCUGUUUUGACUACCGUGGCAGUAUAAUCGGUUCUAAAAUCAGGUAGUGUGAGGGCUCCUACUUUGUUCUUCUUCUUGAGUAAUGCUUUACUUAUCUGGGGCCUCUUCCCAAGAGAAAAUUUUGAUUCUUUACUAUUGACUCUUUGGAAGCAGGUAGCAGCAGGGCUUUAGAAAUAUUCCUACAAUUUAGAGGAAAAAAUAAGAUGAAAAUUAUGACAAAAGUAUAGGAAACAUGGAGAAUAGCUCCAGCAUAUAAUAAAAUUCAGAGUGAGAGGUCAGAGCAAACAGAUCAAAGAAAUAAUAAGAAAUUUUCCCGAGCUAGAAAGGGCAGAUCAGGGCAGAAAAGGUAUAGCUAACAUUUAUCGAGUAGUUAUUAUAUACCAAGUAUUUGAUGUGUUUAAACUCAUUUAAUAUUCCCUACAACCCCCAUGUGGUACAAGCCCUGUUAAUAUUAUUCUCUUACAGUUACCUAAAGUGAAUACCAAGCAAAAUAAAUGAACUUUGCGCCUAGGAAUAGCAGUUGCCACUGGGUUGAUUCUGACUCAUAGCAACCCUAUAGGACAGAGUAGAACUGCACCAUAGGAUUCCAAGGCUGUAAAUCUUUCUGGAAACAGACUGCCACAUCUUUCUCCCAUAGAAGGGCUACUUGGUUCGAGCUGCUGACCUUUUGGUUAGCAGCCGAGCUCUUAACCACUGCGCCACCAGAGCUUCUCUACCUAGGAGUAACCUAGUAGAAAUUUUGCAUUUUAGGACAUAGAAAUCAAUAGUACAAGUAUCCAAACAAGAAGCAGGUUGUCUUCAAAGGAAGGAGUAUGAAGUUAGCAUUGCAUUUGUGUUCUGAAAUUAAAUGCUAGAACUGUGCUGUCCAUUAUGGUAGCCAUGUGGUUAUUAAGUUAAUUAAAAGUAAAUAAAUUCAAUUCCUCAGUUACACUAGCUGCAUUUCAAGUACUCAGUAGAUACAUGUGGCUAGUGGCUACUGUAUUGGACAGUGCAGAAUAGAACAUUUCAAUUAUCACAAAGUUUUAGUAAUGCUGUGCUAGAAGAUGGUGGAGUGACAUCUAGAGAACUCUGAGGAAAAUCUGUUAAAACUAAGGCUCCUGUAUCAAUGAAACUGUGCUUCACAUAGGCAGGACAGCAAAAUGGCAUUUUUCAGACUUGCAGUGACUCAGAAAGUAUAUCUCUGAAGUACAUUUCUUGGAAAAAUACAACUCUCAGUAUACCUAGCUAACUGAAAAGUCAGCAACUCAGAAGCGUGAUAGUCAACUUCAGAGUCCUGUUUAACUCUCUCCUGUCCUGUUUCUCAAAAUGACCCAAGAAAUAUAAACUAAGAGAGAGUGCCCUUCAUAAACCAGAUUUCAAACUGUCGAAACAGUGAUUUCAGCCUAGACAGUUUGAUUCCAGAGUUCCCUUCCUCUUUCUGACAGCUGUAAAAUAAAGCCACAGAAGAAAACAACUUUUAUUUUAGGAAGACUAAUCCACUGAAAUCACCUUUGUCAAAAUCAGCCCAGCCCCAAAAUGUCCAUGUUGCCAAAUCAUACUCCUUACUUGGUCUCUGUGCAUCUUUUGACACAGUUAAUUACUGCCUUCUUUUAGAAACACUUCCUUUGCUUGGCUUCCAGAAAAACUUUCCUACCUCAUGGAUAGUUCCUUUAGUCUCCUUUCCUAGUUGUUUCAUCAACCUCUAAAUGUAGGAAAGCCUUAUGGCUCGGUCCUCAGACCUUUUUUUCUUUAUCUACACUCACUAGGAAAUCACAUUUAGUCAAAUGACUUUAAAUGCCUUCUGUUAGCUGGUGAUACUCUAUAUCUCUUUUUUUCCUAAACUUCAAUCAAAUAUAUCUAGCUGCCAUAUGAUACUUCUAGUUGGUAUCUAGUUGCAGUCUACACCAAAGAUGUCAAAAUGGAAUUUUUGGUUCCCUGCUUACCCCAUACUUGCUCGCUCUCUAGUAUGUCUCUUCUCAGCAAAUGGCACUGCCAUUUUCCCCAUUUGGCUUGGCUCUAAAACCUUGGAAUCAUCUUUUGAUGCCUCUGUGCACCAGCAAGUUCUGCCAGCACUCUCUUCAGAAUGUGUUCUGAAUUCAUCCAUUUCUUUGUGGCUCCGACCAUCAUUGCCUCUUGCUUAAGGUAAUGCAGUAACUUAAGGACCAUUCUUCUUUCAUCCAGUUUUAUACUGUAUUCACAUAACAGAUAAUCGAUCACUUUAAAACAUAAAUUAGAACCUCUUAUACCUUCUUAUCAUACUUACACCAAAGCUCACAAGGCCCUAUACAGUCUUGCAUCAGCUAAAUGAUUCUGUCUCCUCUACCACCACUUCUGUUACUUAUUCUGCUUUAUUCUUACUGACUUUCUUGCUUUUAUCAAGUUUACCAAGCUUAUUCACACUUAGGCUUUCUGCUUCGAAUACUUUCCUUAAAAGUUUUCGUGGCUUUUUCCCUAUUAAAUUUUGGUUUCUCUCUUAAGUCAGCUCCUCAAAGUUUUCUCUGCCACUCUACCUGAAAUGGUAUCUCUCCCCUCCCUUUACUUUCUUAUUGGACUUUAUGUUUUUAUUGGAGUUAGCAUUACCUGAUACAUUUUAUAUUUAUUACUUAUUUGUUUAUAAUAUGUCUUCAUCACUGGGUUGUAAGAUCCAUGAAUGAAGACAGGGAUUUUUGUCUGUCUUAUAUACUUUUGUAUCCUUAGCACCUAGAAAGAGUGUCUGACAUGUAGUAGAUGCUUAGUAAGAUAUUUGUUGAAGGAAUGCCUUAAGAAUGAGCAAAACAACAAAAAGUCAUAAGAUUUAUAAAAAGUAAGACUAGUGUUAAGAAUCAGUGGAAUAAACUUAGUCCAAGUAAGUGGGAAAAAAAACCUUUAAUAUUUAAUUCUCUUUCUAUGUGAUCGAUGAAAGAAAUUAUAUCUUUUAAAAUGGAACAAUAUGAAAAUAAUUUCAAAUGAUGAGAAACAUUACAUGAUUGUUUAAAAAGUUUAGUGGAGACAAUGAAUUCCAGUUCAAAUACAAUUGAAAACAAGAUCAGGAAGUUAUCUUUUUUUUUUUCUAAAGGAAAUUAUCAUCUUGGCCUAACUAGCCUACCAGAACUGAGAAGGAGAGGAUAAAAAAAGAAAGAUGAGCAAAAAGAAUUUUCUGAACUUUUUUUUUUUUUAAAUAGUAUAUGAUGCAUUCCUUUUGGUUAAGAGUUCUGGCUCAAUCCUUUGGAUGAUUUAGCCAAUUGAUCUUAGCUUUUUUUCUUUAACCUGAAGUUGUACCUAUCAUUUAGAUGCUGUUAAAUAAUACUAAUAUAAGUGAGAUAAUCUGUUAAUGAUAUUAAGUGCAUUUAGUCAAUGGGAGAACCUAGACAUUAUUCUUGCAUUUGUCUUCUUCUCUCCACACCCUACCAAUUAUCAUGCGUUGCUUUAUAUGCUUCGUAAAUGUAUUUUAAAACCUCUGUCUACACUUCAUCGCCUCUUUUGCUUCUGUGUUCUAGUUUGUUUAUCUGUUAAAUUACUGGGGCAUUGUGAGAAAUAAGGAGCCCUGGUGGCACAGUGGUUAAGCAUUUUAACCACUACUAACCAGAAGAUUGGCAGUUCAACUCCACCAGCCGCUCCUUGGAAACCCUAUGGGGCAGUUCUCCUGUGUCCUGUAAGGUUGCUAAGAGUGAUAAUUGACUAGAUGGCAAUGGGUUUGGUUUUGGUGAGAAAUAAAUCCUGACAUAUACUGCAAGUGCAUCUUAAAUGUUGGCUGUUUCUAAUAAUAUUGUUAUUGUGCUAUACUGGUUCAGAUCACUGUCAUUGCUUACCAAGAUUUUUGGAGUAACCUCCAGAUUGGCUCCAGUUUUCUCUCUACCUGCCCUCCUGCCAAUUCCCAUUUCUGUUUACUGCAGCUUGAAUAAUCUGAAGUGCACAUCUAAUUGGAUUUAUUAUUGUUGUUAGUUGCAGUCAAGUUUUCUCCUUCUCAUGGUGACCUAUGUAGAUUAGAACGAAGUGUUGCCGAAUUACUCCUACUUAGCAUCUCCCUUUUGCCACUGGAAUAAAGUAUAACAAUUUUUUAACUUCUUUAAAGAACUCUUUAACCUCCUUCUAAAUAGUCUUCCCUUUUUUACCCUUUGGAGAUGAGCUACAGGAAUCCUAUCAGGAAACAAAAAAUUAAGUUGGGUGUGACUCUCCCAAGACAUGGGCAAUGAAGUGCUUUCUGGUUCUUGCAGCAUGGUCAUAGUAAUCAUAGUUGGAAAUGAUUUUAGGCAAAUACUAAUAGCCAGAUAUCCAUUCUGAUUAUAAAAAUAUUUUAAUAAGGCAUGUAUAGAUGCACUAGCUUUGUGCAGUACUACUUGUUUGUAUACACAAUCUCCCCGAGAAACUAUUUCUGUUGGAUAAAGCAACUGAAUGAGGUGAGUUGCUUUGUGGAAUUAUUCAUUGUGAGUCAGCUAAAAGGUGUUGAGCAUCUAAUGAAGAUGACAUCUGUAGGAUUAGAAUAGUCAAUUUAGCUCUCUAGCCUAACAUUGUAUAUAGCAUUUUUACCCAAGGCUUGUUGUCUGUUAAGAUCACAGCUGUAGACUAAACGUAUUAGCAACUGUUUAUCUUUCUGUUCUUUGUUGCAGGAGGGUAUGGUUCCAUUCCAUUUUAUCCAAACAUGAUAUCAGAUUAUCCAGGAACAAGUUAAAAAGAAGGGAGACUGGUUCCAGAACACAUCUCUGGAAAUUACCCUAUGGACCCUGACUCUCAUGGCAGGAUUACAAUCAGAUAUAAUUUCUACAGUAGAAUUUAAUCAUUCUGGAGAAUUACUAGCAACAGGAGAUAAAGGUGGUAGAGUCGUCAUCUUUCAGCAGGAGCAGGAGAACAAAAUCCAGUCUCAUAGCAGAGGAGAAUAUAAUGUUUACAGCACCUUCCAGAGCCAUGAACCAGAGUUUGACUACUUGAAAAGUUUAGAAAUAGAAGAAAAGAUCAACAAAAUUAGGUGGUUGCCCCAGAAAAAUGCUGCUCAGUUUUUAUUGUCUACCAAUGAUAAAACAAUAAAAUUAUGGAAAAUCAGUGAAAGGGACAAAAGACCAGAAGGGUAUAACUUGAAAGAGGAAGAUGGAAGGUAUAGAGAUCCUACUACAGUUACUACACUACGAGUACCAGUCUUCAGGCCCAUGGAUCUAAUGGUUGAAGCCAGUCCACGAAGAAUAUUUGCCAAUGCUCAUACAUAUCACAUCAACUCUAUUUCUAUUAAUAGUGAUUAUGAAACAUAUUUAUCUGCAGAUGAUUUACGGAUUAAUCUUUGGCAUCUGGAAAUUACAGACAGGAGUUUUAAUAUUGUGGACAUUAAGCCUGCCAAUAUGGAAGAGCUAACUGAGGUGAUUACAGCAGCAGAAUUCCAUCCAAACAGCUGUAACACGUUUGUAUACAGCAGCAGUAAAGGAACUAUUCGGUUAUGUGACAUGAGGGCAUCUGCCCUCUGUGAUAGACAUUCUAAAUUGUUUGAAGAACCUGAAGAUCCCAGUAACAGGUCAUUUUUUUCCGAAAUCAUCUCUUCUAUUUCUGAUGUAAAAUUCAGCCAUAGUGGUCGAUAUAUGAUGACUAGAGACUAUUUGUCAGUCAAAAUUUGGGACUUAAAUAUGGAAAACAGGCCUGUGGAAACAUACCAGGUGCAUGAAUACCUCAGAAGUAAACUGUGUUCACUAUAUGAAAAUGACUGCAUAUUUGAUAAAUUUGAAUGUUGUUGGAAUGGAUCUGACAGUGUUGUCAUGACUGGAUCUUACAAUAAUUUCUUCAGAAUGUUUGACAGGAACACAAAGCGAGACAUAACCCUAGAAGCAUCACGGGAAAACAAUAAACCUCGUACGGUUCUGAAGCCACGCAAAGUCUGUGCAAGUGGCAAGAGAAAGAAAGAUGAAAUAAGUGUUGACAGCCUAGACUUCAACAAGAAAAUACUUCAUACAGCCUGGCACCCCAAGGAAAAUAUCAUUGCUGUAGCUACUACAAACAAUCUGUAUAUAUUUCAAGACAAAGUGAAUUAGGGUUGGCAUUCCUAGCAGAAGAGCCCACUUCCUGCUUAGUUGAGAUAGUUGAAUCUAGCAUUCGUACCUAUAAAAGAGAGAGGUCCAUUGUGGCACCCCUUUCCAGUGUUUAACAAUGUGCCAUUUGACAACACAUUUUUAUAGCUACAUGGAGAAAGCUCUGGAUAAAUCACCGUGUUAUUCUCCAUGUCUGCUAGCCAUUUAGGUAAGGGUAGGGCACUUUUAAUUUAAAUGACUUCUUGCACCAUCUUGCCUAAUGGACUAGAUUGGACUGUAUCAACAUUGAUUUACUCCACUUUUUAUGCCUUCCAUUGUGAUGACGUCAAACACAGUGAAAGCCUUCAGUCAUGCUAUGGGAUUUAAUUGUGUAUCCUCAUACUGUAUCAUUUGUGGGGUACACCCCUUCCCCUUUUUUUAAAUUAAAUACAGCUCAUUCUUACUGUGGCUUGUAGCAUUCCUCCUCCUCUGGCUUCCUGGACUCCUCCCCUUCAUCUCUCUUACCUUGCCCCCUCCACCCAGUCUUGGUGGUGGUGUAUAAAAAAAAAAAAGAAAGAAGGAACGAAAGCACACAAAAUGAGUCAUUUUGGGGUCAGUGGUAAAGGGGGGUGUAUGUUGCGAACAAAUGUUUUGAUAACAGUUGGCUGUAAUCCUUGCCAUGUCUGGCACUGAAAAUAAGGGAAAAAAAAAAAAACUACUGAAUAAAAGUGACAAAGAAUGGAGAAUCUGGUUUUCUUUUUCUUUUUGAUCUACCUCUUUAAGGCAAUAUUUUGUGUCUUAUCCUUGGGCACAGUGAAAUGAAAGGAGUUUCCAUUGUUUUUUGGCAUUUUUGUUAAUUAUUUUUAACAAGUCUUUUACAUGGAGAAGAAGAGGUAUUGGUUCUGUAUGAACAUGUUUUGAAUAUAUAUUUGGUAUUACUAAGGAUUUCACAAUCUAUAAAAUUCCACUAGAGAAUUUUUUUUUUUACUGUAGUUAGGAGGGUAUUGGGCACAUUAAUAUCUACAUUUAACUCAUUAUCUGUUAACGAACUUAUUGUAAGUUGGAACCAAUUUGUCGAACUUCAUUUUUUAAGACAUUACAGCACUUGAUUUCAGUUUUGCCUUGCUGUAAAUACUAAGUGAAAGACUUAAACUUUUUUUAAUAAGUUGAAACUUGUUUUUGUCAUUCAGUCAUACAACAUAGCAUAAAACUAACAUCAGGUGAUUUACAUAGUUAAAAUUGACACUGCACUAAACUUUAUUUCACUGCUAUCAAAUUUGAGAAGGAGUCCUGGUGGCACAGCGGUAAAGUGCUCAGCUCCUAACCGAAAGGUUAGAGGUGUGAACCCACCAGCUGCUCUGCGGGAAAAAGAUGUGGCAGUCUGCUUUUGUAAAGAUUACAGCCUUGGAAACUCAAUUGGGCAGUUCUGCUCUGUCCUUAGGGUUUCUAUGAGUCAGUCGACUAGACAGCAAUGGAUGUUUUAUCUGAAUUAAAUGUUCUCUGCCAUGGAUGUGUUUGUAAUUUUUGGUUUUCUAAAGCUGUUAUUAAAGACAAACUUUAAAGGUACAGUGUUCCAAAAGUGCUUAAUGGACUCCAGCAGCUCUUCAAAUAAAAUCUAUAUACGGCUACGUUUUCCAUAAGUGAUGAUACUUUAUCCAAAGACGAAGAGUACCCCUAUUUUUAAUAGACUGUACCUUUUUCAAUCUUCUGGAAGCUUUAAUUAAGAAAAAAUUGACUAUUUUUAAAAGAUAAGUGGGCAUUUAUAUUAGAGAAUGGUAGUGUAUUUCAGUUGAGCAGUAAUAUUUAACAUCCUCAAGUUUUAGAGGACUCAGUGCUUCAUGUAUGUCCACUCCUUCAGUAGUAAAAAGUGAUUAACAAUUGAACCGUAAUUCCCUCUACACUUACACAAACAUUGUCUUGUUAAUAUUUUAGCAGACCGGAGAAAUUUUAUGUAAUAAAAUUAUCUUUCGAACUCAACAAAUCUGGAUUUGUAUUUAAACACUGAUUAUAUGUCUGAUAAAUCUUAAAAUAAUGGCAGUUUUACUAAUUUGGGGAUCUUGGGUACAUUCGUAAUUUAUCCUUCAGACUUAACUUUGAAGCGAGAUAUUCCCCUGCCAUAAGCAUCAGUGACAUUCUGUUCUCUGACUGGACAACUUUUCAGUAAUCUUUUUGGGAGGUUGUUUUCCUAACCUUUGGGUGUAUGUCUUGAGAUAAUACUACAAACAACUCGGGAAUUCUUUUUUGAUUGAUGAGUAGCUAUGAUGAUUUUCAUCCAUGACAGUAAGGGUUAGUUUUUAUAUAUAUUUAAGAGUCUUUAUUGCUAGAAAUCAAAUGCCUCUAUCAAAGAAUGCUAUUAUAAAUCAUUGUAACACUAUUCUCAAGUAUAAUUUUUAAGAUCUUGGAUGUAGCAAACUAUAAGCCCAAGCCACUCAUUUUUAUAUGGUCAUGGCUAAUCUUUUUAUUAAUAAAAAUUAUACAUAGAAUAAACCUAGUCUUGUCAAGUUACUUGUAUUUCCUAUUUUCUUGCCACUAGUAUAUAUACAUGUAUUUUAUCCUUUCUUUAAAAAAAAAUUAUGGCAGGAAAAAGAACUUUCAUUCUAUUAAUUUCCGUUGAUCUUUCCUUAGUGGCUGGACAAGACGAAUAGUUAUAAGUAUGUAAACACAUGUUUAUGUAAUAUUUAACUACUGGAUAUUAAACUUAACUUCUGUGAAGCCCUUAGUCUUGGAAUAAAAAAUGCAUCCAUGCACUUUUUCCUUUCAAAAUAAAGUGAGGAUUUUUUUUAACCUUACUGUAAGAGUUAUUUUGGUUAUAGAUACUCCUAGAUUAAGGGAAACAGAUUAUGAAAACGGGUUGUUUUAAGUGUGUAUUUUCCUCUUAAUAAGAGUAAUGUGUUCUUAGAAUAUUGAUAUAUGAAAGCGAAGCAGUACUGAUAAAAGCAUUUUUAGUGAAAUUUAAACCAUUAGAAAAUACUGCAUCAGCAUCUUUUUUCUACCUCUCAUGAGUUCAAGUGGAGAGAGUAAUGUGCAAUCCUGCGAGAACAGAACCAAGCCCAAAAAAGAAAACAUUAUGCUAGGUAUUCAAGAAUCAAGUCAAUUUACUUCUGCAUUUGAGUGCAUCAUUGAUUAUCUUAUUUAGCUGAUCAGAUUGUUGACAGUUUAAGCUGUGUCUUUGUUUUACCAUGUUUAAAGUUUUUUUUUUUUCCCCACACCCUUCAUCUCUCCCCACAAAAGCUUAGGCCACCAAACCUACUUCAUUUUGUAAUUAUGCAUAGAAGGCCAAUACAACUCAGUCUUUACUUGAGAAUUAAAUGUUAGUAAAUUCAGGAAGCCUUGGAGUCUUAAAUGUUGAAGAUACUUCUUAAAUUGCAUAAUAAAUUGAGUAUUUGUUGUCUUGGUGUUUUAUUGGAUAAUUGGAAGAGGAUUAGACUUUUGUAAUCUAUUAUCUCUAUUGGAAUUCAUAUAAUACCCACCUUAUAGGCUUAAUGUUAACACGAAAAGGUCCUUCAGCACAGUGCUUAUCAAACAAAGCAUUAGAAAGUGUAGUAGCUUCCUCCAAAAGCCUAAUUUGGAAAACAGGUGAAUUUGCAUGGGGCUGGGGGGAGGCUAGUAUUUGUCCUAGCGUUCUAUGCUUAAACUCAUCAAUAGUAUGUGAAUAGCAAGAAGUUACUUGAGGAUUUUCCCACUAGAGCGCAACAAUUAAGUCUUGAUGGACAGCAUUUACAGGUAUUUCUGAGAGUGCAUGAACAGGAAGGUUUUACUUCUGUACUGGAGAAGUUUCAUUAUUAGCCAAAUCAGAGAUCAAAUAAAGGGGAAGUCCCAAGGGAAUUCGUUUAUUCCCAAAUAAAACCAUUAUUCAACAUGACCUUGAAGGUGCUUAAGGGCCUAGUGAUGGAAGGGGAACCCUUAGGUCAACUAAACGGUUGUGCCAUAUUAGAGAAGCAGCAAAAAUAAAAUUGGGAGAGGGUUCUGAGCUGCCAUUUCUUGCAGUCAUAGACUUCAGUCUGCCUACCCCUUUGCAAAAUCAGAUUCAUAUGUGCCAUAUUAGCAUUUUUACCCCUCCAUUUGCCAGAAAUUUCAUGUUGCAUAUUAUGCUGACAACUGUGGAAUGUCUAAAUUCUUUGUAAAAGCCAACUUCUGUGUUCUGAAUACAUGUUCUUCGGAAAAUUGUUUUUAAAAAGUGGAUGGGGAUGGGCACCACACCAGUAAUCUGAUCAUACAGAGAAAACUCCCAUUCACAGUUUUUGUUUUAUCCCCUCUCCUGGGCACAUAAUUUUAUAUACAGAGAGAGAACUUGUGCAGUUUAAUGUCCUGUUUCUCCAUUUAACAUAUCUUGAACGUUUUCCCAUAUCAAAUAUCCUCUGUAAACUACAUUUUCAUGUCUGCAUAGCAUAACAUUUAUGAAUGUACCAUAUUUUUUUUAGUAGUCCUUGUCCAAGUUUUGUUUUCAUUUUUGCUAAUAUAAGUAUUGGAAUAAUGAGCAUACUUACGUAGCAAUCUUGGUGUGUAAGGUUAUUAGGAUACAUUCCUAGAAUUACUAUAAUUACUAUAUCAAGUUUACUAUAUUAAAGGGUAUGGAUACAUUUAUGCUUUGGUUCAUGUUGUUGAAUUUUC